CCCCACUCCAGCCGCACCUCCUCCGGCGCUGCAGUGGCGCGGGAGGCAGCCGGAGCGCCAGCGGGGCCGCGGCUGGGUCGAGCCGGGUCUGGGCAGCAGCGGGGACCCUCGGAGGCGGGGCCAGUGGGACCGCGAUGGGCGUGGAGAUCGAGACCAUCUCCCCGGGAGACGGAAGGACAUUUCCCAAGAAGGGCCAGACGUGUGUGGUGCACUACACAGGAAUGCUCCAAAAUGGGAAGAAAUUUGACUCAUCCCGCGACCGAAACAAGCCUUUCAAGUUUAGAAUUGGCAAGCAGGAAGUCAUCAAGGGGUUUGAGGAGGGCGCAGCCCAGAUGAGCUUGGGGCAGAGGGCGAAGCUGACCUGCACCCCUGAUGUGGCAUAUGGAGCCACGGGCCACCCUGGUGUCAUCCCUCCCAAUGCCACCCUCAUCUUUGACGUGGAGCUGCUCAACUUAGAGUGAAGGCAGGAAGGCACGCAAGGUUACUGGAGCCGGCGGCUGGCUGCUCGCCCUCCUCACCUGCUCCAUCACUGGGAUGGCUCCUUCCGCUCGGGGCUCUUGAUCAGUGCGCUGACCUCACUGCUCACAGCAUUGUCCAUUCUCCCCGCCCAAGGCGCGCGCCUCCAAUUGUCAUCACUGUUCACACACAUCCUUGCUUAAGGGAACUUCAGUUGCAGGUUGGAGCAUCGCCAGCUGUGCGUUUUGUGUGAUGCAUGUAGUAGCCACUCCCGAUCACGGUACCUGGACCAAUUGUUUGCACAAUCUCUACUGCCUUACCUUCACGUUAGCCAGACGCACAGGUGCUCAGACAUGAAAUGGAGAGGGCGUGUGCAGAGGGCCCGGAGUCAGCUACUCUUGCCGUCACUCUUAGACUUUCUGUUG